CCGAAAGGAAAGCCCUUCUGCCAUAAAACCUCAUCCGCCUCCACUUCUAUCUUUCGUCUGCAGAGCUUUCUCACAAAGCAAGGCCUGUACGCCGGAGUCCAACGAAGACCUAGUUUCGACUUUCCGUCCGAGUCCAUGGCUUCAACUUUCUACACAAUGUCUACUUUUGGAGCGGUUGCUUCUCCUAGUUCCACAACAGACAAUAAGAUGCUAGCUUCUAGGCAGAAGCUUUCUUCUCUUGCUUCUAUGUCACCUAGUUUAAACAUCAGCAACAACAAGUUGAGCUUCAGUCGCCGAAGGAAAGGGAACUGUAUGAUUAAUGCUAUGGCCAAGGAGUUAUACUUCAAUAAAGAUGGCUCAGCCAUCAAAAAACUACAAAAUGGUGUCAACAAGCUUGCUGAUCUUGUUGGGGUUACACUCGGUCCAAAGGGAAGAAAUGUUGUCUUGGAAAGCAAGUAUGGAUCACCUAAGAUUGUGAAUGAUGGGGUUACAGUAGCAAAAGAGGUUGAACUAGAGGAUCCUGUUGAGAACAUUGGUGCCAAACUAGUCAGACAAGCUGCUGCUAAGACCAAUGAUUUGGCUGGGGAUGGAACUACUACAUCUGUUGUUCUUGCUCAAGGCAUGAUUGCAGAAGGUGUUAAGGUAGUUGCAGCUGGUGCAAAUCCUGUUCAGAUUACCCGUGGUAUUGAAAAAACUGCCAAAGCAUUAGUUGGUGAACUUAAGAAAAUGUCUAAGGAGGUUGAAGACAGUGAACUUGCAGAUGUUGCUGCAGUUAGUGCUGGUAACAAUAAUGAAAUAGGAAAUAUGAUAGCCGAAGCAAUGAACAAGGUUGGAAGGAAGGGUGUGGUUACCCUUGAAGAAGGGAAAAGUGCUGAAAACAAUCUUUAUGUUGUUGAAGGAAUGCAAUUUGAUCGUGGAUACAUUUCCCCAUACUUUGUUACAGACAGUGAAAAGAUGACUGCUGAAUAUGAGAAUUGCAAGUUGCUUCUUGUUGACAAGAAGAUCACCAACGCAAGAGAUCUUAUCAAUGUUUUGGAAGAUGCUAUAAGAGGUGGGUACCCAGUAGUCAUAAUUGCCGAAGAUAUUGAACAAGAAGCUCUAGCAACUCUUGUUGUGAAUAAAUUAAGAGGGGCAUUAAAGAUUGCUGCACUUAAAGCCCCUGGUUUUGGGGAGCGCAAAAGUCAGUACCUGGAUGACAUUGCAAUACUGACAGGAGCUACCGUGAUCAGAGAAGAGGUUGGCCUUUCCCUGGAUAAAGCUGACAAAGAUAUCUUGGGUACUGCGGCCAAGGUUGUACUUACAAAAGAUUCAACCACCAUAGUUGGUGACGGUAGUACUCAGGAGGAAGUAAAUAAAAGAGUAGCACAGAUCAGGAAUCUAAUCGAGGCUUCAGAGCAAGAAUAUGAUAAGGAAAAACUUAACGAGAGAAUAGCAAAGCUUUCUGGUGGUGUCGCUGUUAUUCAGGUUGGAGCACAAACCGAAACUGAACUAAAAGAGAAAAAGCUGAGAGUUGAAGAUGCUCUUAAUGCUACAAAGGCUGCUGUUGAGGAAGGUAUUGUGGUUGGCGGUGGUUGUGCUCUAUUGCGGCUAUCUUUGAAAGUUGAUGCCAUCAAAGCGACUCUCGAAAAUGAUGAGCAGAAGGUUGGAGCAGACAUCGUCAAGAGGGCUUUGAGCUACCCGCUGAAGUUGAUUGCUAAAAAUGCCGGUGUCAAUGGAAGUGUGGUCACUGAGAAGGUUUUGUCCAACGAAAACUACAAAGUCGGUUAUAAUGCUGCCACUGGCAUAUACGAGGAUUUGAUGGCUGCGGGUAUAAUCGACCCCACCAAGGUGGUGAGGUGUUGCUUGGAGCAUGCUGCUUCAGUAGCUAAGACUUUUCUCACUUCAGACGUUGUGGUCGUUGACAUCAAGGAGCCUGAGCCUGUGCCUGUAGGAAACCCUAUGGAUAACUCAGGUUAUGGCUACUAAUUAAACCGUAAGUGAUGAUCAUGCCAACAUCUUAUGUUGCUGCCUGCAAGUCCGGGCAAAUGCUUAUAUUCAUCUGCGGCCAAAGUUUCAUCUGGUAGGGAAUCGAAUGGAUUGGUCCAAUAAGUUGGAAAGUCAAUUGUAUUCAGAAUUUUGUUUCUACUUAUCCGUGCCCGUAUCUUGUUUCCAAUUAUUUGGUUUGCAAAAGCAAAAACUAGAUCUGUAAUACUCCGGUUCUGAGAUUCUGGUUAAGUAUGACUUAAAAGGUUAGAUGAUA